CAACUAUAAUUUCUGUUUGUUUUUGGCUUUCAUUGAUGGUAAAAGGCCGAAGUUUGAAUGUAGAUACAAAUUUGCGUGUAGCAAAUGCCGAUGGUGUGGACAUUUGGGCCAUGUCGGAGGCAUAACAGUAACCAAAUAAUUGUUAGCCGUUGUGUCACAUUUUGCACCAUGUCGCUAAUGAGCGCACUCAACAACGGUUGAGCUAAUAGGCUACUAAAGAGGUAAAUACAGGGCCAGCUAAGUGCGGAUCAGGUAAGCAGCACUGAAAUAGCCAGGAAUCUGGCCAGUCUCGGUCCGAAUGCGAUGCUGUUAAAAUGAUGCGCUUAAUCCAUAUUGUAAUAAUUGCAAUACUUUUGCUCUCAAUGACGCACGCCUCUCUGCUGGAGUUGGGGCAUGGAACAGGGGCAGAUGCCAAUGCCACAAGGGCUGUGCCGAAGCUACUUAGUCGUCAAAAGCGUUAUUUGGCAUUUCCGGAGGGAUCGUCGGUUUCGGCGGCAAUUUGCAUGACCAUCGGUAUGAUUGGUAAUCCCGAUGUGGACUAUCUUAGUUGGGCCGUCAACUGGGGCGUGGCCUAUAAUCUGCCCAAUCAUAAUUGGGUUAAACAGCAUGCACAUGGCUUUGCGAAUCUCACCAAGCCAAUGAUGCAGCGCCGGUCGCGACGCAGCUUUUACGAUGAGAUACAAUCCUCCUUUGAUCACAUGGGCUUCAAUGGACGUGCCUGCUUGGCUCGUGCGCUCUGCGAGAGUGCCAAGUUUAUGCAUGCUCCCGGCCAGCGAGGCAACAUGUUGGAGGAGUUGGUGCGCACCGUGCUUAGCAUGCCCUCAUCGCCAGUGACGGAGCAUGAGCCGCCGGCUCAUCAUCACUAUGACCUCAUUUAUCGGCGCUCCAAGCGGCAGUCGCGCGACUGCCACGAGCUUUAUCCGGGCUGUCAGUUUUCUCUGUUGGCGCUGGCUCUUGGCAAAUAUGUGGCAGCCCCUGCGCAGUUUACCAAAUAUAAUUUUAUGUGA